UCCAAACACACGUAAAAGUGCAUUUUACUCAUAUUUUACGCCAUCUAAAUAUUACGUGUAACACCACGAACGAAAUACACAAUAAGAAUCUCGAAAACUACGCUCUUCGUAGUAUCAAUAAUAUUGAGUAUCAAGUGAACGGGCUUGGUAACCGAAAGACAAUACUCGAAAUCGAUAACUGGCGACAAACGAAGAGUUUCCUUAAGGUCGAUCGAUACGCCCGAUCGUUGCGGGCAAAUCAAAUGAGAGCAGAUUCUGUCGAGAUCGAUAUUGCUUAAAUUCGCAAACGUAAGGAACGACUGGGAGACAGAUGUGCGCGCUGCAGGUGCGGCAGAUGUAGCAGGAAUAGCGCAAACCAGGAACGUGUAGAAAGUAUACAGGCGGAUAAAACACAGUGGACGACACAAGACGGCACGGCACGGCAUAGCACUGUGUACGAGCAGAAGCAGCAGUACACCAAAGAGGAGGGUAGCUGUGGUGUCGCUGGUACCGCUUAGCAGUGGUGGUGGGUUCGGGCUCGAACUCGAGAGCUCGAGCUAGCUAAGAAAUACGUUGAAUCGUCCACGCGGCAUCAUUUAGACUUUAGCCAUUUGCCGCGCAGUCUCGCAAGGGUGGUUGUGUACGCACGACGAGAAAAGAUAGAAGAAGAAGGAGGAGAAGGAGAAAACGACAACGACAGCUCCGACACGCGCGUUCAAUUUAUUUGGAAGAUAAAGAUCACUAUUAUCCGAAUCUGUACUUGCAUCAAGGCCGUGUCAAAGGAAGCGGCACUCUAAUCAAAUUUCUAUAUCAUAAAAUUCGUGGCACGUACCACCGGUGGCGCACUGCAAACGCGAUUGCAAGUAAAUCAAUCGCGGAAACGCGUGAAACGAGGAAACGCAUAACGUUCGCGCGACGAAGGAAAGAAAUCUCGUAUCAAGCCGACACGAGAGAAAGGUAGCAAAGGACGGAGAGGGAGAGAGAGAAGAAAGUCAAUAGGAAGUUUCAAGAGUCUCUCCGAUCGCGGGUUGAAACGCGAGGGAUUCACGUGACGCGAGGCCAGUCUGACCCAGCGACAACGCGCAGCGCUUAACCACGACACGACUAUUUCGAGGAUCGCCGGCAAAAUGUCCAAUUCCCAGAGGAGACAGAUGAUGCAGCCAUGGCCUCUAUGCCUAAUGCCUUUUACAAGAACGAAGGAACGAAGCGUUCUGCCCAAAUAUUACACGAGGGUGCCUACGGUAGCAAGAUCGGUGACGAACAGUUCGGGCAUCAACCUAGAUUGUUCGUCGAACACGACGCUUGCGACGAACGCGAGCCCGUUCAACAGCCAGACGGCACUGAUCGCGGAGAAAACCGUGGUCGUCUCUUCCAACAACAGCGUGACCACGCCGAGCAACCAUUACUAUGCACAGAACUUGAGAAACAAUCACCAGAAGGCCCUGAACGGGUCUCGCAUAUACGAUCCUCUCGACAGGGGUCUCGACCACGACUACAAACAACUCGAUCCGCUGUUGGUCGGUGAACCCCCGUACACGGGGGUCGAGAUCACCAAGCCAAGCAUGAGCUCGCAAAAUGUUAAACCGACCAAGGACUCGGUACCUGUUCUGCACACGCAGUUCGAGAAGGAGCCCAAACUGUCGAUUAUGCGUUUUGCCAAUCAGGUGUUGGCCGCCCUGUCGGUGUCGAUGGGCUCCAUGGUGGUCGGUUACUCGAGCUCGUACACCUCGCCGGGUUUGGUCUCGAUGCAGAAGAAUUCGACGUUUGAAGUGACGAAGGAAAUCGGCAUGUGGAUAGGAUCGAUCAUGCCGUUGAGCGCACUUUUUGGAGGCAUAGCCGGUGGCCCGUGCAUCGAAUAUCUUGGUAGAAGGAAUACAAUUCUGGCCACCGCGUUGCCGUUCAUCGCAGCUUGGCUACUGAUCGCCCUGGCGACGAACGUCGGUAUGGUGCUCACCGGCCGUGCCCUGUGCGGUUUCUGCGUGGGCAUCGCGUCGCUCUCAUUGCCAGUCUAUCUUGGCGAAACGAUACAACCCGAGGUGCGAGGUACCCUUGGACUCCUACCAACUGCUUUCGGUAAUACAGGAAUUUUAGUCUGCUUCGUAGCCGGCAUGUAUCUAGACUGGAGAAAUCUUGCGUUACUUGGCGCUAGUUUACCAAUACCGUUCAUGAUUCUGAUGUUCAUGAUCCCCGAGACACCGAGAUGGUACAUUUCCAAGGGAAAGGCGAAAAGAGCGCGAAAAUCGUUGCAAUGGCUGCGCGGCAAGGGCACCGACAUUAACGACGAACUGUCCGCCGUACAAAAGUUACACACCGAAAGCGAACGCAAUGUUUCGCAGGGUGCGCUGAUGGAAGUCUUCAAGAAGAAUAACCUGAAGCCAGUUUUGAUCUCGCUCGGUCUGAUGUUCUUCCAACAGCUUUCAGGAAUCAACGCGGUCAUAUUCUACACCGUUCAAAUUUUCAAGGAUGCUGGAAGCAGCAUUGACGAGAACAUCUCCACCAUCAUCGUCGGUAUCGUGAACUUCAUCUCGACGUUCGUCGCGGCGUCCGUUAUAGACAAACUGGGCAGGAAAAUGUUGCUGUACAUAAGCGGCAUAUCCAUGUGCCUGACUCUGUUCACGUUCGGCACAUUCUUCUACGUGAAGUCGACUGGGACGGACGUGACGUCGUUCGGCUGGAUACCGCUGUUGAGCCUGAUCGUUUACGUGAUCGGCUUCUCACUUGGAUUCGGCCCGAUCCCGUGGCUGAUGAUGGGCGAGAUUUUGCCGGUUAAGAUACGCGGCUCGGCCGCCAGCGUCGCCACGGCCUUCAACUGGACUUGCACGUUCGUCGUCACGAAAACGUACGAGGACAUCGUCUCGGUGAUCGGGCCGUACGGGACCUUCUGGAUGUUCGGCACGAUCGUGGUAGUCGGAUUCGUGUUUGUAAUCAUCUGCGUGCCAGAGACGCGAGGCCGUUCGCUCGAAGAGAUCGAGAAACGAUUCGCCGGGCCGGUGAGAAGAAUGAGCGCGGUGGCUAACAUGAAACCCAUGCCGAUGGCCUGUUAACCGUUCCUCUCUACGCGUUCGCUCACGACGUCGAUAGUUGUUAGCCAAUCGAUCUGUACGAUCGACGGGGCGAUCAAUCGCCCACGUCGUCGACAGUAUAUCGUCGCGCGUAUUUCGCUUCGUUAUGAAACGAACGAGAAUCCUACAUAGUUCCUGCAGUCUGUCGAUAAGAAUGAGCGAAACAGAUGCGUCUAGUGAGAGCCGUCUUCCGGAUCGAUUCUCUUUUUCUCGAUCUUCUCUUUUCCUCUUUUUAUUUUUAUUUUUCAAACUAAUGCGAGCGCGGCUGCUCUCUGCUUCGUUCUUCCUUUUCUUUCUAUUCUCUCUUUGCUCCAAGUCUAUUGGUAAGACAGUUCGUUCCAAUUUUCCUUCAUAUUCGAAUAUUCUUCUUCGUUGCCAGAAAAUCGUGUCUUUUGGUUUUCUGGCAAGAUUCGAGUAGACGAUAGCCGAAAUGAAAAAAACUGGGAAGAUAAAUUACGCGAAAACAAACAAAAAAAAAAAAAAAAAAAAAAAAAAAAAAGGAAAGAAAAGAGAAGAUGCGAAGAGUUUGAGAGAGGAGGGAGAGAUAGAAGGUAAGAUUUUUAAUACACGAGCUGUAAUUUUGCCUGUAAGUAAGUAUGUACUUACGAGAAGAAAGUCCAAGAACGAUAUGCAAUUGCAAACUCGACCAAGAGAAACGAUCCGUUGACUAGACGUCGUAAGUAAUCGUUAUUUUUUUCUUAUAUCAAACACUUUACGGAGUCUACCUCAAGUUAGUACUUUUACUGAAGGUAUACGAGUAGAAUAACAAGACAAGUGUGAGUUAUUUAAUCAGUACACGUGUGUGUAUAGAUUCGAGUACGUCGGAUACGUUGUACUUAAGGAAAUGCGUCGGAAAAGGAAGAAAACGAACGUUUCUUCCUUCCAUAUCAUCAGGACAAUAAAAAUUCCCCGCGCGACGGUCGUGUAGGCAAUUCCUAUGCAUUUUUAUGGAUAUCAGCUGUUGCGUUUGUAUGUACAUAGUUACCGAUCUGCAUCAACGAACAAUUGUAUCAUUUACCAACGAACGAAAUCGUGCCGUAAGAUGUAAGUUAAGAAAAAUAGAGGGAAAAACGAUGCGCGUUUAUUUUUUCAACGUUGAAAUCGAUAUAUAUAUAUAGCUGUAACAGUAAGUAGAUAGCGUAAGAAAACGCGAUGAAGAAAACGAAAGGAAAACGUAAGGAAAACGUAUGCACAAUCGCGCGCCGACCUAUCUCUCGCGUCUCUCGCGGUAUACACAUUAUAAAAUACAUGAAUGUAUAUACAUUGAGAAUCGAUUCUCAUUACACAACGAUAUGUAUUUGUACACCACGAGUGUUAUACAGGCGUGCGCUUUUAACGUUUCAUUUUUUUUAUUGAAAUUGUCGAUAAUAUUGGGAUCUGUGAUCGAUCCAAUUGAAUCUUAUUUAUAAGCGUCGCGUCCUGUCCUAUCGACUCCUCCCCCUUUAAACCUCCCUUGCUCUCCCCUAUCUUUCCCUCUUCUCGAUAUCUCGAUUCCUUAAUUCUCGUAUAACGAUGGCUGGGCAAUUCGAACGUGCAUUUGGCAGCUCGAGAUUUUUUUGAAGCGAGCAGGACAUUCUCCCGUUGCUUCUAUCUUUUUGGAAAACCAUCGUUCACCCCCAUCUCACGUGUCCAUUUUUUUCGUCAAAUGUGUCAUGUUGACGAGUUGACGCACGAACCACGAAAAAUCUAUGCGAUUUCUAUUAAUUCGUAGACAGUGAGGAAGUACACCUACAACGACAAACAAUGAAAAUGCAACAUUCGUAUGGCCCGGUGACCGAUUUGCGAGAGUUAACGCGCGGAUAUAUACAUCGUUCUCAACGUUAAGUUGCUCGUAUCCUCGCAACGUUAUUCCGAAUCUUAUUACCAGGACAGGACGGAAAAAGAAAGCGCUACGAAACAUUCCUACCUCGUACAACUUUACGUGCGAACUUGGGAUUACCUUGGAUGUGCAAACUUGCGAGCAAUACGUGUUCUUCCUAGAAAGAAGUUCCGUUUCGUACGCCGAUCCGCUCUUUCUUUUCUUUUUCGUUUGGUACAACAAUGCUUGAUCCUUCUACUUUUAUAUUUUUACCAUCUGUUUCUAUUAUGCUUAUGAUGAACGCAUUUUUAUUGCGUGUUGCUUGGGCGUAAAGUGUUUGUCAAAUUUGCGAGGAAGAACCUCGCUCGGAGGAAGAUUUACAACCUGUACUCCACUACUAUUCGCUAUUCGCGUUAAAUUUACAUCAAUAAUUCUAAGUUAUUGAAAUAUAACGUUUGACAGAA